AUGAAGCGAGAAAAGCAGGACAGUGGAGUUGUAGCUCCCCUGCUCCCUGAAUUCCAUUCGGCUGUCGACAAGCAAUCGGGGGCAUCGAUCUCUGGCGCCGUAUUCAACAUCUCGACAGGGAUGGUGGGUGCCGGGAUCAUGUCGAUCCCGGCCACUUUCAAGGUCCUCGGCGUAUUUCCUAGCUUUCUUGUUAUUUUGGUUAUUGCUUAUUUUGUGGAGGUCACAGUGGAGUUCUUGCUUAAGUACACUCGCUCGGGGGAGUCAGAUACGUAUGGAGGGCUGAUGGAGGAGUCGUUCGGGAAGUUUGGGUCCAUCGGGCUUCAAGUCUGUGUUGUGAUUACAAACCUUGGGGCAUUGAUCAUUUAUCUGAUUAUAAUUGGAGAUGUUCUCUCGGGAAACGAGUCGGGAGGAACAGUACACUUGGGCAUUUUACAGGAAUGGUUCGGUAUCCGUUGGUGGAACUCACGUGCAUUCUCACUGCUAUUCAUUGUGCUCCUGAUCUUACUUCCGUUGCUACUUCUUCGGCGCAUGGACUCACUGAGGCAUGCCUCAGCUAUAUCGGUGUUUCUAGCUGCGUUUUUUGUUGCCAUAUGCUCGGUAAUGGCAAUACAUGCAAUGUGGGCAGGGAAGACACAGAGACCAAGAUUAUUUCCGCACUUUACAACUGACGUCUCAGCAUUUGAUCUCUUUACUACAAUUCCUAUUUUUGCUACUGCCUUUGGAUGCCAUGUCAAUAUUCAUCCCAUUAGAUCAGAGCUUGGCAGAGCCGCUGAUAUGAAGCCGGCCGUCCGAAUUUCUCUCGUGUUAUGUGUCGCAAUAUAUUUUGCUGUGGGCUUCUUUGGAUACCUUCUUUUUGGGGACUCAAUCAUGGCCGAUAUGCUGGUCAACUUUGACAAAACUUCAGAUUCUGUUGGUGUUAUUGUGAAUGAUACAGUGAGAUUGAGUUACGCCAUUCACCUCAUGCUGGUGUUCCCCGUGAUGAAUUACUCGUUGAGGGCGAACGUCGCCGAAUUAUUCUUUCCCAAGACGCCCCUAUUGGCUCGGGAAAAUAACAUGCGGUUUUUGUCUCUCACCUGUAUUUUGCUUGCAUUUAUCUACGUGGCAGCCAUAGCCAUCCCAGACAUAUGGAUCUUCUUUCAGUUUAUGGGGACAACCACGGUCAUGUGUCUCAUGUUCAUAUUUCCCAGCUCUAUUGUGCUCAGGGAUGUCCACGGCAUGUCAAACAGGCGGGAUAAGGUGUUUGCAGUGUUGGUGAUCUUUCUAGCAGUUGGGACAAGCCUCAUUGCAGUGUUCUCAAAUUUCUCCAACUUUCUUGUCAACAAAUGA